GUAGUGAAAUUUGUUGCCGCUAGGUUGGUAGCUCUGCCUUCUCCCACUUUCUCCUUCAGAAAUUGGUGUUGAAAAAUCGUCAAGAUGGCGGCUUACAGCUCAUUUUCCGUCUAGUUCGUCAAUUUAUUGAAGUUUUUAGUGACAAUUUGUCGAGUUCAGGUUUAAAUUAUUAUGAAAUGUGUUCCUUAUAAUCGUUAUUAAAUUCUGUGAACAUAGAAAUCGAGUUUGAUAGGAUAUUUUUGAAGAUAUGAGUUGAAAUACGACGGCCCAAUUCUUCCCGACAACUCGAAGGUGGCUGAUGGAGGAAUCUCAUUGACUUGGGCUGCAAUGGAUGCUGGAAGGCAGCGGCCCCAAUAGAAGUAAAUAUCUAAUAGCUGAUUGCUGAAUUGAUACGAAUCCUGGACGUAGAUGACCGCGCAGAGGAAUAUGAGGAAACUUGUACUGCUUGAGAAGACUUCGUCUCCAAUCUUCAGCGGUGGAUUACUUCACAUCUUGAUAUCGUGCAUCUAUCACCAAUCGACAAAUUUCUGCAGGAGAAAAAAGGGGUGGAGUGGCCAUCACAAACUGAUCCUUGGACUUGUGGAAAUUGAUAUUCAAAUUUGUAACGUUUCCUAUUUAAAAAAAAAAACAUGCUACAGGAUGGACACCACCACACCCCCCCCUGCCACCACCGUCACCACCCGGACAUUGAGGAGACCAUAUAGCACACUGGAGGAACUAUUGGCCCCCCACCCCGAAACCCUCCACCCCAAAACCCUACACCCCAAAAAGAUAAUCCCCCCCCCCAAACAUAGUGAUAGUGGUGGAGAUCCACCACUAUCACCAUUACCCCCAUCAAUGAUGGGGGGGGGUUGUAAAUGUAAAUAUUGUAUAAACCCACCCCGAAACCCUCCACCCCAAAACCCUACACCCCAAAAAGAUAAUCCCCCCCCCAAACAUAGUGAUAGUGGUGGAGAUCCACCACUAUCACCAUUACCCCCAUCAAUGAUGGGGGGGGGGUUGUAAAUUGACAUUGAGGAGACAAUAUAGCACACUGGAGGAACUAUUGGCCCCCCACCCCGAAACCCUCCACCCCAAAACCCUACACCCCAAAAAGAUAAUCCCCCCCCAAACAUAGUGAUAGUGGUGGAGAUCCACCACUAUCACCAUUACCCCCAUCAAUGAUGGGGGGGGGGGUUGUAAAUGUAAAUAUUGUAUAAACCCACCCCGAAACCCUCCACCCCAAAACCCUACACCCCAAAAAGAUAAUCCCCCCCCAAACAUAGUGAUAGUGGUGGAGAUCCACCACUAUCACCAUUACCCCCAUCAAUGAUGGGGGGGGGGUUGUAAAUGUAAAUAUUGUAUAAA